AUGAGCUAUCAACAAGAGUGCUUCGGACUCCAAAACAAGGUUUGCCGCCCUUUCUUCUUUUUUCCUAAACCCGUUUGCGUGUAAUCUUUACCGAUUUGCCAGCUUUUUAGCGAUUCAAAACAGCUUUCUUAAAGGUGGUGUCCAAUGUGACAUACAACAUCUUUUUUAAAAUAAACUUCGAAGUGGGGCAUUCAUUUUCUCAAAGUCCCGAAUUACGAAAAAAAUUCCCCGAUUUUUAAGAUUUUUUUCAAAAAAGUUAAUAGUACCGAAAGAAGCACACGGCGAAAUGGAAGAGCUGGCCUAGAUUUUUCCAGUCCCCGGAUGGAAUUCCCUUUUCUUCCGAAUUUUUUCCGUUUUCGUGCAAAUUUUUUAUGGGGCUAUUCAGCGUAUGUUUGUUUUCCGUUUUUUUCGUUUUUUACAUCGCUGAAUUGGAUUUUUUGACGUAAAAAAACGAAAAAAACGGAAAACAAUCAUUUUUUUUCACAGCCUGAAUAACCCCAUUAGAUUUUCAAUAGUUUUUUUCACUGAACACACUUAUUUACAAUAUUUAAAAAAAUUUAUGACUUUUUCUGUGCCGUGACGCCAAAAAAAUCGAUAAUCUGAAACUUUCAAAAUUCAGGCAAAAUUCAGAAAUUCAGAAAAAAAUCAGCCACUUUUUGUAAAACCGAAAAUGGGAAGUUUUGGAUUGUUCGCAUUACUUUGAAAAAUAUAACUUUCUGUAGCUCGCAAACUUUGAUUAAGACUCAGGAAAUGAUUGAGCGAUCUCUUUCUAUUUACUUUUCUUACUUUUUUUUUCAAAUCGAAGAUUGAGCGAAAAAAAGUUUCAGAUUAUCGAUUUUUUUGGCGUCACGGCACAGAAAGCAAAACAUAAAUUUUUUUUAAAUAUUGUAAAUAAGUGUGUUCAGUGAAAAAACGAUUGAAAUUUUAAGAAAAUUGCACGAAAACGGAAAAAAAAUCGGAAGAAAGGGGAAUUCCAUCCGGGGACUAGAAAAAUCUAGGCCAGCUCUUCCAUUUCGCCGUGUGAUGUUGUAUGUCACGUUGGACACCACCUUUAAACUUGGACCACUCAAAAUAGCACAAUAUCCGUGUUGAGGAGCCGUACUGCCUUCUGUUUCGAGACGCGAUCGCCGCCAUUCCACUUGUGGCCUUCUGGCUUCUCAUUCCCGUCUACAUUCACAUCAUUCGGACAAGCGAGCCAAAAUUGAGAGCGCCAAAGCUGUUCUGGGCACAUUUGGUGAGUUGUUCGUGAUGAACAAGUCGUGGAAAACAUCGCGUGCUGCCUCCUUGUGCACAUGAUCCACGUCUCAAAAGUGUACCUGAUGUGCGGGACCGUCCCCCGUUUUUUCAGACACUUCAAGUGCUCUUGCUCGUCAACAAUGCCGUCUUCGGGGCGUUGGUCUUCAAUCGUUCCGAUCAUUUUCUGCCACUUUUACGCUUUUUCCAAGUGCUCUCCUAUGUGAGUUUCGAGGUUUCUGAAAAAAUGAACAAGGGAAGGUUUUGACUCCCCCCAACUUGGAAAAUUCUGAAAAAAUUUUUUUCAGAAUUAUGCCAAAUUUUUUUUUUUUGGAUUUUCUGGAACGUUCCAAAGUGCUUUUGAAGUGCUUAUUUGACCUUCCCCACGUGACCAUAUUUGAAUUUUCUUCGGCUUAUCCUAAACUUGCUGAAAAAGUGGACAAAGCCAAAAAAUUGAGCGUGCUAUUCAGAAUUUUUCUGAUUUUUGAGAAUUUUUUGAGAAUUUUCCAAGAAUUUUUAUCUUUUUUAGAAAAUGUUUUCAUGGAAUGUGAUCAACUGACGAAAUGUAUAGCAAAGUGAACUCUGCUCAUAGAAAAAUAAUUGUAAAUUUAGCUUUUUAUACAAAAAAGUUAUUCGAUGGCCCUUUUUUCACGCAACAACUCGAAUAACUUUUUUGUAUGAAAAGCUAAAUUUACAAUUAUUUUUCUAUGAGCACAGUUCACUUUGCUAUACAUUUCGUCAGUUGAUCACAUUUCAUGAAAAAAUUUUCUAAAAAAGAUAAAAAUUCUUCCGUGUUCUUCCAUCGAGUUUUUCCGCUCAACUCUAGUCCAAAUGGCUUGUCUUAGGGCUUGCCCCAAAGACCAGUAGGAUAACUCUAAAAUCCAUAGUCCCUGCGCCAAAGUUCAACCUAAGGCUCACAAAAUCGCUCUUCGGUUGCUUACAACAUUCUAAAAAUGUAUCUAAAGACAUCCUAAUGCUCAAUGUUUAUAUCUUUUCUAUGUCAAAAAACAGAAAUCCCUCUCGUCAGUCUGCUUGCCCUUCCUAUUAUCAUUCCACACCACCGAGAGUGUGAAAAUCAAAAAAAUAAACAUUGCCCCCCUUGUGCUGCUGCUGCUGCCGAUUGCGAAAAAGCCGUGCGUGUUAUCAUUGAUAUCGAAUUGCAUUCGUGGUGUGCGUGGAUCCGAUUACGUCCGACUUUUUCGAGAAUCCGUGAUCAGUUCGGCGUCGGAUCACUUUUCACUUUUUCUUGUUCGACACGGUCCUCUUCUCCUCUUACUCGAAACCGAGUUUUUCGGCAUUUUGCCCCACAGUUUACGGAAAUUGCAUUCUAGGAAUGUCUAAAUCUCUGGCAAUUCGAUAUUAAUCUAAUUAGAAAUUUACUGAAAUAACGCGAUCUAAUUAAAUUCGACUGUUUUUUGUUGGCGCAAUCGAGAUUUGAGCCAGCAGACGGUUGGCGUGAAACUUGAUUUGAGAGCACUUAUUAAUCUAGCUAGAAGAUUUAUUAAUCUAGCUAGACAAUUUAUUAAUCUAGCUAGAAGAUUUAUUAAUCUAACUAGAAGAUUUAUUAAUUUAGCUAGAAGAUUUAUUAAUCUAGCUAGAAGAUUUAUUAAUCUAGCUAGACAGUUUAUUAAUCUAGCUAGAAGAUUUAUUAAUCUAGCUAGACAGUUUAUUAAUCUAGCUAGAAGAUUUAUUAAUCUAGCUAGACAGUUUAUUAAUCUAGCUAGAAGAUUUAUUAAUCUAGCUAGACAGUUUAUUAAUCUAGCUAGAAGAUUUAUUAAUCUAGCUAGAAGAUUUAUUAAUCUAGCUAGAAGAUUUAUUAAUCUAGCUAGACAAUUUAUUAAUCUAGCUAGACAAUUUAUUAAUCUAAAUAGGUGUCAUAUAAAUCUUAUUAGGCCGCCGUUAGAUUAAUAACAAAAUGCCAGAGAUGGCCAAAAUGGUUCAAUUUAAUCCAAAUAUCUAAAGCCCUCCCCCCCCUCAAAAAAUGACAUCACAGUUCGUAAAGAGCACAUAACUUUGUGAGCAGAAGGCUCAAAAAACGUUGUUUCGUUUCGCAAUGCUAGGUGUCGGAGGGAACAAAUAAGCGGCCGAAAAGUUGAUUUUUAUUGGAUCCUCUGGGGCUCAUUGAUUGAUGGUGUUAAACGGGCGGUCCGAUGAGAGGUGUUUUCUUCAAAAUUUGCUCCUAGAGCUCAUAUUUCAGGCUAGUACAAAGUUUGUACAAAAAAAAUGUGGAGUGACAUGAUAACAUGGUAAUUUUCUUAUCAGUUUUUCCGGUUCCAGGCGAAAAUUAGAAAAUUUCCUCUUUUCGUUUCCUCUCUCUCUCUAUUUUUCCUGCUCUCCCCUCUAUUUUCGUGUUGUCAUGACAACUUUCACCGAAAAAAUGGGGAAGUGUAUAAUAGCGUGACAAAAAGAAGAAAACAGAGCUUGAUCUCUUGGUAAAUAGAGGGGCUCAACAUCAGUGACAAAGUGGGGGAAGGCAUCAAAAAUUAGAAAUUUAGAGAGGGGGGAAGCCACAUAGAACAAUCACACGUUUUUGAGCAUUGUCUUCAAGCGUCUAUUGCAAAGUUAGGAGUAGUCCUGUCGUUCUGAAAAAUUUUGUGUAUAAUCUAGACGUAUUGUACUGCAUUUUUGUAGUUGAUCACUUUUUUGUGCGACCACUCCCUGGAGUACUGUAGCGCUUGGAAGUUUGGAGUGCCUGGCAAUUGUGCCUUGAGUUCAAAGCGCUGCAGUAGCCCUAGGAAUGAUUGAACGAUUAAGUUAUCAACUAACAAUAUGUUUUGCCCAACUUUUACUUUGUUUUUGUAGUUGACAACUUUUCCGUACACCCACUGCCUGGAGUACUGUAGCUCUUAGAAGUUACGAUUUUCAAAAUGCGUUGCAACUGUGUUUCCUUGUUUUCAAAGCGCUACAGUAAUCUGGAGAGUGAUUGUACAAAAAAGUUGUCAACUACAAAAAUGUUUCGCUUAAUCUGUAAUUUAUUUUUGUAGUUGACAUCUUUUAUGUACAACCUCUCCCUGGAGUACUGUAGCUCUUAGAAGUUACGGUCCUCAAAGUGUCUCUGCAUUACGCCCUACUUUCAAGCGCUACAGUACUCCAGGUAGUGGUCGGACCCUAUAAAACCCAUAUAGAGAGAGAACUAAACAUUCCCAGACUCAAAUUGUGUCUUCUCCGGGACACUUACAAUAUAUGAAUUGCCUGUGUUGUAGGCCAACUGCAGCGUGUGGUUCAGUCUUCUUUCAAAGCGUCGCCACUCGAUCCAUCCCUCCUUCUGCGUCGUUUUCUUCGUUUUGCUCACGCUCAAACUCGUCCAACUUCUCAUUCUCGUCAGUUUUCUCUUGCUUUUCGCGCGAUCCAACUCUCACUUUUCAGGCAUUCGAACAGACUGUCGACGUCGGCGUCAUCGCCGAGUUCGUCCUUCUGAUGGCCGAGACUGCGUUGCUCUCCACGUCGACGAAACGGACCGGAGAGAAUGUGAGUGCGUGGGGGGGACGAGGGAAAAGUUAGGCCAGCCUACAAGUGAUAAGAUUGUCAGUCUACAACUCACUCGUUUGCAGGAAGAAAAGGAGCAACUGACGCCGGAGGAUAACAGCUCGUUCCUAUCGAAAGUGUUCUUCUGCUGGCUGAACCGUCUCAUCCGCAUCGGCGCCAAGAACCCGCUAGUCCAUGAGAAUCUGCAUAGUCUCAACAAAAAUGCCACGUCGGAAUGGCUGUACACGCGCUGGAGGACCGAAUUCAAAAAGGCGAAAGCUAGUGAGAGCGCCCAAAAAAAUCGAGGUUGACUUAUUAUAAACAUUGCUUUUUUUGCAGAGAAUACCGGCACAAAAACGCGUGAAACGUCAAUCGUUUGGCCGUUUAUCCAAAUUCAGAAAUCCACAAUAAUCACUUUGACGUUCGCUCGCCUCACCGCCGAUAUUGUCCAUUAUCUCAAUCCUAUCCUGUUGAAGUGAGUGGUCAUGAACAGUUUUUUUCCAACAACAAAACGCAUUUUCAUAGGCAAUUAAUCGAUUACGUAUCUCUUCAUGACCAGCCACUUUCAUUCGGAAUCGCCAUCGCGUGCAUAAUGUUUUUAAGCGCAACCACAAGAUCACUUCUUCAAAACUAUCAGGUAGAGGACGACGUUUCGCAACCCGGGGGGGGGGGGACACUUUGCAACCACAGGAAUGCGGUUGCAAAGUGUUCCUACCUCACCGCUUCUCCUUACAGAUUGCGGGAAUGUGCCGUCAAGCGGUCUACUAUCAAACGGUCCUUAGCAAUGCGAUCCUUCACAAAAUCCUGCGACUCAGUCCCUCGGCGCGGUCGAAUCGAACCGCCGGCGAGAUUCUGAACCACGCGGCCGUCGACAUUGAGAUCAUCGUCCACUCGGUGCCGUACCUCCAGAAUAUGUGGUCCGUCCCGUUUCAGGUCACCCUCGCCAUGAUCAUGUUGGCGAUCACUCUCGGAUGGGCCGCCAUCGCCGGUGUCAUUAUUAUGAUCCUUUUUAUUCCGCUCAACCUGUUCACCUCGAACUUCAUCAAGUCUUCGCAGCAAAAACAGAUGAAGAUCAAGGAUGAGAGGACGAAACUUUCGAAUGAGGUAAGGUCUUUUUGAACGGUUAUUGUAGCGUUCAAAAUUUUUUUGCUGAAAUCUUCCAGUCUGGUACUGUAUUUUUGUAGUUGGUCUCUUUUUUGUACAAUCACCUUCUGGAGUACUGUAGCGCUUGGAAGUGAGAGCUUCAAAAACGAUCGGCUAUUGUACUCUAACUUUGCCGAGCUACACUAGUCUUAAGAGUGCUCGUACAAAAAAGCGAUCAACUACAAAAAUAAUGUGCAUAAUAUGAGCUUUCAUUUUGUAGUUGAACAUUUUUUCGUCAGACCUAUUCUAAAAGUACUGUAGCGCUUCGAAGUGGUCAUAACUUUGCAGCGCUACAAAAAAGUUAGCGGUUAGUUUCACCAAAACUUCUGGAAAAGUGUGUAUCGUCUCCGAAGGCUACAAUAUCCGGAUUUGUUACCGUAAAAAAGUUCAGAUGCUGAAUGGAAUAAAAGUGGUGAAACUGUACGCGUGGGAGGAGUCUUUCGAGGAGCAAAUCAACAAAUUGCGUGCCCGGGAGGUGCGGAUGCUCCGUAACGUGUGCAUUCUCAGCCGCAUCGUCGACAUCGCCAACUCGGCGUCGCCGUUCCUCGUCGCCAUCGGCUCGUUCACCUGCUACGUCGUCCUCUCGUCCGAUCCGAACGGACUGACGCCGUCGGUCGCAUUCGUCGCGCUCACAAUAUUCAAUCAGCUGAGACAGCCGAUGCGGAUGGUCGCCAAUCUCAUCAACACUUUGGUGCAGGCGAGAGUGUCCAACAAGCGGUUGAGACACUUUUUGAACGAUGAAGAGCUGGAGAGAAAGACGGAAAUCGCAUUCGGAAAUGCGAUCGUGUUCAGGAACGCCAACCUCAACUGGAAGGGACCCGAGUAUCCGCCGGUCCUUAAAAAUGUGAGUGCGCUUGAAAAGUGGGUGUAAAACAGGGGUGUGCGGAAAAUUUUUUUCGGAAAAUUUCGGAAAAAUCGGAAAAAUCGGAAAACUCACUUGUUCAUUGGUUCAAUAAAGUGUUUAAACAACGUUCUAAUACAAAAAAAUGCUUAUUAUGAUUUGAAAUCACUUGAGUGGGCGGAAGCCAAGCAAUGGAAUAUUUUUUUGCAAAAAAAUUAGCCGAGAGAAGCUCUCCGGGUCCAGUGUUUUCCGAUUGUCAGUGAGAAUCAGGGGUGUGCGGAAAAUAUUUCGAUUUUCCGAAAUUUUCCGAUUUUCCGAGAAAUUUUCGGAAAAAAGACGUUCGCUGCUAGACCCUUCCAAAAAUUUUGUGAUGCGCCUUUAAAAAGCAUACGGUGGUUUCGGACAAAUUGACCUUGAAUCCACACUAAUUUUCCGAAAAUUUUGCCGAACAUUUUCGGAAAAUUUUCCGAAAAUUUCUCGGAAAAUCGGAAAAUUUCGGAAAAUCGAAAUAUUUUCCGCACACCCCUGGUGUAAAAGCACAAGUGUUCUCGCAGCUCGACGCCACAAUCCGAACGGGUCAGCUGAUCGCGGUGGUCGGCAGCGUCGGCGGCGGCAAAUCGAGCCUCCUCAGCGCGGUGCUCGACGAAAUGAAUGUUUUGAGCGGACGCGUCAAAGUGGGCGGAUCGAUCGCGUACGUACCUCAACACUCGUGGAUCUUCAACAAAUCGAUCAAGGACAACGUUCUGUUCGGCAACGAAUUCUCUCAAUAUUUCUACGAACAAAUCGUGUCGGCGUGCCAACUACGCACCGAUUUCCGACAUUUUCAGCAGGGCGACGAGACGAUGGUCGGCGAGAAUGUGAGUGUGAUCGGAUAAUAGUCGAAACCAAUUUUUUUUAAAGGGAAUAACGUUGUCCGGAGGCCAGAAAGCGAGGAUUUCACUGGCGCGCGCCGUCUAUCAGGACAAGGAGGUGUACCUUUUGGACGAUCCGUUGUCGGCGGUCGACGCGCACGUCGGACGCGCUCUUUUCGACAAAGUCAUCGGAAAAGAGGGUCUUUUGAGGUCGAAGACACGGGUACUCGUGACGCACAAUCUACAGUACACCCGAUACGUCGACACCAUUUACGUCAUUGAAGGUGGGUUAGAGAACACACGGAAGAAUUUUUUUAUCUUUUUUAGAAAAUUUUUUCAUGAAAUGUGAUCAACUGACGAAAUGUAUAGAAAAGUGAACUGUGCUCAUAGAAAAAUAAUUGUAAAUUUAGCUUUUCAUACAAAAAAGUUAUUCCUUCCGUCUUCCCCGUUAGCCCCCUUUUUCACGUAACAACUCGAAUAACUUUUUUGUAUGAAAAGCUAAAUUUACCAUUAUUUUUCUAUGAGCACAGUUCACUUUUCUAUACAUUCCGUCAGUUGAUCACAUUCCAUGAAAAAAUUUUCUAAAAAAGAUAAAAAUUCUUCCGUGUUCUUCCAUCGAGUUCUUCCGCUCAACUCUGGCGCAGCAUAACAAACGUACACUUUGCAACCAAACUAGACGGUUGCCAGAAGUGUGUCAGGACGUUUCGCAACCAAGGCUUGGUUGCAAAACGUCUAUUAGUUGCAAAAUCUGAACAGAUUUCAAUGGCAUAGUUGCAAAGUGUCCAUUCCUUGCGAAGCGUGUACAACUUGUGAAAUAUCUGUACCUAGUCAUUUCGCAACCAACGCUUUUGCAAAGUGUCCAUCGGUUGCAAAACGUCUUCUAAUUUUCAGACGGUCAAAUCGUCCAACACGGUCAUUUCGACGACAUUGCGCAUCUAGAAGGCCCGUUCGGCCGGCUCUGGUCGGAAUGCGAGGAUUCGAAAGAGGAAGAGAAAGAAGAAGAAGAAGAAGAAGAAGAAGAAGAAGCGACGACUCCAGAAGACGUCGUCGAAAUCGUCGAAACUUUGAAUGGAGACGCGAAAAAAGUGGACCGUACAAAUUCGAGAUUCUCGGAAAAAUCGCAACUACAAAAGCACGAGAAACAGGUGCAAAACGCGGAAAACGUGCAGCUGGGGCGAGUCAAAAAAAGUGUGUACAAACUGUACAUUCGAACGAUGGGAAUAUGCAACAGCGCCGGCUUUUUGCUCUUUUUCGUCGCCCAUUUUGGUGUCAUGAUCAUGCGGUCGCUGUGGUUGUCCGAUUGGUCCAACGAGAAUGCGGAGAUCAAAAGGGCGGCGGGCAAUCUGACCGGAAUGGGCGUGGAUACUCGACUGAUCGUCUACGCGGCUUUUGGUGGAAUGGAGAGUGAGUCGGCAGAGAGAAUCGGAUAAUGUUCAACAGUUUUGAAUAGAUAUUGUAGAGCCUGGAGUUGAGCUACUAGUCUGAAGAGCAGAGUUGAGCGGAAGAACACGGAAGAAUUUUUAUCUUUUUUCGAAAAUUUUUUCAUGAAAUGUGAUCAACUGACGAAAUGUAUAGCAAAGUGAACUCUGCUCAUAGAAAAAUAAUUGUAAAUUUAGCUUUUCAUACAAAAAAGUUAUUCGAGUUGUUCCGCGAAAAAAGGGCCAACGGAACAACUCGAAUAACUUUUUUGUAUGAAAAGCGAAAAUUACAAUUAUUUUUUUAUGAGCAGAAUUCACUUUUCCAUACAUUUCGUCAGUUAAUCACAUUAAAUGAAAAAAUUUUCUAAAAAAGAUAAAAAUUCUUCCGUGUUCUCCCGUUGAGUUGUUCCGCUCAACUCUGCUGAAGAGUGUUCCUACUUCCAAGCGCUACAGUACUCUUAGAAGUGGUUGUACGGAAAAGUUGUCAAUUACAAAAAUAUCCGGCUCGAUGUGUACUUUCAUUUUGUAGUUGACAACAUUUUGAUCCGAUCACUUCUAGCGCUAUUGUAGCUCUUAAAGGCCCGCAAGUUGCACUCCAACUUCCCGGCGCUACAGUAGUCCUACGAGUUUCUGUACAAAAAAGUGAGGUGUCAAGAUUGUACACAAAAAAGCGUAUUUGCAUAGCACGUCUCGGAACUCUACAAUAUCCGCUCAAACUUUUAGGAACACUAAUUUUUUGAAAAUUUUUAGUGCUUCUCCUGGGACUGGCGUUUACCGUGCUGACGAUCGGAAGUCUCCGAGCCUCGUACGGCCUCCACGCCCCGCUAAUUCACUCGCUCCUCCGGGCGCCAAUAUCGUUCUUCGACACAACUCCCAUCGGCCGAAUCAUCAACCGACUCUCCCGGGUAACGUCUUUCGCUGCAUCUCAUAAACGUUUAUCGUGUUUUGUCAGGAUUUGGACGUCAUUGACAAACUGCAAGACAACAUCCGGAUGUGCACUCAGACGACGCUGAACGCCCUCAUGAUCCUCGUGCUCAUCUCCAUCUCCACUCCGAUCUUUCUCGUCUGCGCCGCGCCUCUCAUCUUCAUUUACUAUUUUGUGAUGGUCUAUUAUAUUCCGACGUCGCGGCAAUUGAAGCGGCUGGAAAGUGCGAAUCGCUCGCCGAUCCUUUCGAUCAUCGCCGAGUCAAUUCAUGGUGCAUCUUCGAUUCGCGCGUUUGAUAAGGUCUGUUUGCAUGGAUCUACUAUUAAUGAGUAUUGUAGCUUUCAAACUUCUUUCAUCGGGAAAUAGGUGUCUAGUACUGUAGUUUUGUAGUUGAUCAUCACUUUUUUCUACGACCACUCUGAAGUUGGGCUAAACUUAAAUUCGAUGAGCUACAGUAACCCUAGAAGUGAUUGGAUCAAAAAGUGAUCAACUACAAAAAUACUAUACAUCUCUAGUACUUUAUUUUUGUAGUUGACAACUUUUUGGUACAAUCACUCCUAGGGUUACUGUAGUUCCUAGAAGUUAGGGCUCUUUUAAGGGUCGUUUUGAGAGCUCUAACUUCCAAAGGCUACCGUACUCUUGGGAAUGGUCGGAUCAAAAAGUUGUCAACUACAAAAACAUAGUACACAACAAUUUCUAGAACAGUAUAUCGUCUUCGAACUCUACAAUAUCCGCUCAAAGUUUGUUUUCUUCCAGACGGACCGCACGACGCACUCGCUCGCCACGUCCGUCGACAAAUUCGCCCAAUGCCGUUACCUCUCGCACAUGUCGAACCGCUGGUUGGCCACGCGACUCGAGCUGCUCGGCAACACGACCGUCCUUUUCGCAUCGCUUUCGGCGACGCUCUCCACCAAAUAUUUCGGAUUGACGCCCGGAAUGGCGGGCCUGUCCGUCUCCUACGCGCUCACAAUCACCGAAGUGCUCAAUAUCUGUGUGCGGUCGGUCAGCGAGAUCGAGUCGAAUAUUGUGAGUGUCGAGCGAGUCAACGAGUACCAGAACAUUGAAUCGGAGGCCGAGUGGACGGUCCCAGGGCGUGCGGAGACGUGGCCCGAGACGGGAAAGAUCGAGUUAGAGGGAUUCUCGAUGCGGUACCGAGAGAACCUUCCGUUGGUCCUCAAGAACAUGAGCCUGAAGAUCCGGGGCGGCGAGCGGAUCGGAGUGAUUGGUCGGACCGGAUCGGGAAAGUCCUCGUUGACGAUGGCACUCUUCCGCAUGAUCGAAGCAGAAUCGGGAAGGAUUCUGAUCGAUGACGUGGCGAUUGAGACCGUCGGAUUGCAUCAGCUACGCUCGAAACUCAUCAUUAUCCCGCAGGAACCGGUCGUCUUCUCGGGAACACUUCGCUUCAAUUUGGACCCUUUCGGCGAGCAUUCCGACGAGCAGAUCUGGAAGUGUUUGGACAUUUGCCAGCUGAAACAGUUCGCGCAGGACGAUCCAAAGACCCUCGAUCGGCACAUUGCCGAGGGCGGAAAGAACAUGAGGUGGGUACUUUGCAAACUUUGAUCCUUCCGUUCUCUGUCGAUUUUCAACAUUUUUGAGUGGUUCAAAAACGAAAUGAAAGGAAAUUUCAAGCUCUACAACUUUCUAGUUGAUCAAUUUUCACUAAAAUGUGGGGGCGCUGAGAUAUUUUCAAUAUUCAAAACCAUACAUUUUGCAAGAACUUUUUCAGCGUCGGCGAGCGCCAACUGCUCUGUCUGUGCCGGGCGCUGCUCCGCGGUGCCCGAAUAGUGAUCCUGGACGAGGCGACGGCUUCCGUCGACACCGUAACCGACGGGAUCGUGCAACGGGCGGUCCGCACGCAUUUCCCGCACUCGACGACCAUUUCCAUCGCUCAUCGCUUGGACACCAUCGUCGAUUCUGAUCGGUUCGUUUUUUCUUAAACAAUCUGAAACAAAAACUCAUUUUAACAAUUGAUUGAAUGAAAAAACGCACAAAAUUCUCCGGUGUCAGCAAGUGCGCUCCAAUGCCAAUCCUUUCAGAAUCGUGGUGCUGGACGGUGGCCGAGUGGCCGAAUUCGACACGCCCGCCAAUUUGUUGCUCAAUCCCGACUCUCUCUAUUCUCAAUUGCUACUUGAGAAAAACAGAAAAUCAUGA